CUCCCACCCACCCACUCACAACUCAUAGCCAUACACUUUGCGCUUGUCGCAGUUCCCAUAAAAACAAUAUAGAUUCAUUGGAUUCUCUCAAUGAGUCCGAAAACGCGGCCGGAAUGAGCCAUGACGCUACUCCCACCGCAGUCUCCGCUGCACCACCGUCCGACCUCCGCUACACCCGUUAUGACGGCGCACGCGAGGACGAAUAUGUCGCCGCCAUGCGGCAACUAAUCUCCAAAGACCUGUCCGAGCCGUACAGUAUCUACGUAUACCGGUAUUUCCUGUACCAAUGGGGUGACCUCUGUUUCAUGGCCAUGGACGAUACACAGCCGGACCCCAUGGUUGGUGUUGUGGUCUCGAAACUGGAACCGCAUCGCGGUGGCCCGUUAAGAGGGUAUAUUGCUAUGUUGGCGGUGCGCGAAGAGUAUCGCGGCCGGGGAAUUGCCACGAAAUUGGUCAGAAUGGCCAUCGAUGCGAUGAUUGCGCGUGAUGCGGAUGAGAUCGCACUCGAGACUGAAAUCACAAAUACGGCGGCCAUCAAGCUCUAUGAGCGACUGGGUUUUCUGCGUAGUAAAAGGCUGCAUCGAUACUAUCUAAACGGCAAUUCGGCAUAUCGCUUGGUAUUAUAUCUCAAGGAGGGUGUGGGAUCUAUCCGGACGUCUUACGAUCCGUACGGACCGCCUGCUGAUAUUCGACCUGAAAUGUCCGGUCCGAUUGCUCCUCCACCGCCGGCUUUGCUUCAUGGAAAUGGCAACCGAUGAUGGAUGAAAUCAAAUAGCCGAUCGCUUCUUUUUGUGAAUAGCAUAUAGACUACGCAAUUAUGACAAUAGACAAUAUGAGUGAUGAAUACAUAUAUGGGAAG